AUGCGACAAAUGAGGUCCUGAAAAUUUUUUUUUUUCUCUUAUAAAAAAAAACUAGAAAAUGCGACAAAUGGCAAAAAACUUGAAAAUGCGACAAACGAGGGGGGGUACUAUAUAAGGCUAGGGCACGCAGGAACGCUGUUCUGUGAGGUUUGCCAACAAAUGGGACAUAAUGAAUCAGGCCACAAGAGAAUAGCAAAAAGAAGAGCUGAUAGACAAGGGAAAGAAGAGCUGAUGAAAGAAGACUUGGAAAGGAAAAGCUGGGACUCGACACGAAGGAGAAGAUGGUGAUAUUGGAACAAGCCAGGCAAGUAA